CGCUAUAUUUUGAGCUGGAAUCAUUUGUUUCCUUCUUCUCUCUACAAAAUUGAAGCUUGUAUUUUCACUAAAUACUGUAUCUAGUAAAAAACUUCUGCAAAUAAAGUAGAUAGUACUAUAUAUGAAUAUAGCUGUCACGCUCAAAAGAAUCAGAAACCAACUCAAAAUCCCAUUUGUUUUCUCUCUUUAUACAUAUAAUAAUAUAAACUUUCCCACAACAGAAAUUUAUGUAAAUAGUUCAUUUCCCUCUUUAAUUUCGGUUGAAAACUAGUUUCUGGGUGAUUCUUGAACAUGGGUUGUGCUGGAUCCAAAGAAAAUGAAGCAGCUAAGCAGAUACGAAAACCAAAGCCUUGGAAUCAUUCAGAACCUAUUACGAGGGAUCAGCUUGUACGGAUGCGUGACGAAUUCUGGGACACAGCACCACACUAUGGGGGUCGAAAAGAGAUCUGGGAUGCACUCCGAGCUGCAGCAGAGUCGGAUAUAAGCCUUGCACAAGCAAUUGUCGACAGUGCUGGGGUAAUUGUGCAAGCCCCCGAUUUAACAGUAUGCUAUGACGAGAGAGGCGCCAAGUACGAGUUGCCCAAAUAUGUUUUGAGCGAGCCAACUAAUUUGAUUCGCGAAAGCUGAACAGACAAGUUCUUCCUGUUGAGACUGUAAAUUGUUGUAAAUUACUGUCACAAGUUAUUUCUUUCAUCAAUUGAUAUUGUUUUUUGCAUGAUAGUUCUAUUUCAAGAUAUCAAAAAAAUCUAUGUCCCCAGAAAUAGAACAGCAAAAUUCUCUUAUUGAGCUAGUUCAACUUGGCAAAGGAAAUGAGUCAAAUUUUGCUUGUUUCUCAGAAAUCAAAAGUGGUUUAUAAUU